GCCAUCUGUCACCUGUCACCGCUAAAAAAUGUUUAGUUUCGUGCACGAAAAAAACAAUUAGAACUUUCUUGCCAGCCCCCGACGCUCGAAACCCGCUUAAACGCCGCCCCCGCGCCGCAAAUGAUGCCGUUUUCCUUCUCGCCUUGAGUUUGCACGAGUGCCAAAAAUGAGUAAACAUAUGUACUCAACCGCAAAUCUCACAGACAAAGAGCUGAAGGAGCAAGGAAACCGCCUUUUCAGCCUCCGCAAGUACGAGGAGGCCAUAAACUGCUACAGCAAGGCAAUAAUAAAAAAUCCUGAUGUUGCUCACUAUUUCACCAACAGAGCGCUUUGCUACCUCAAGUUGUCGCGAUGGGAGCAGGCGUGCACGGACUGCCGCCGGGCCCUCGACAUGGAGUCGAACUUGGUGAAGGGACACUUUUUCCUCGGACAGGCUUUAAUGGAACUGGAGAACUACGACGAGGCGAUCAAGCACCUGAUGAGGGCGUCCGACUUGGCGAAGGAGCAGAAGCUGAAUUUCGGAGACGACAUAGCGGCACAGUUGAGAGCGGCGAGGAAAAAGCGCUUCUCGAUACAAGAGGAGAAACGAAUAGCGCAGGAGAUUGAUCUAUUGACAUAUCUAACAAGACUUGUAAAGAGCGACAAACAGACGCAGAUCGACGAAAUGAGAAGACAAGGGUUCGAAAAGGACGACGAGGAAGAUAAAGUGAGGGAGAUUGAAGAGAAAUGUGACUCGCACUUGAGCGAACUGAACGCGCUGUUUAUGAAAGUGGACGAGAAGCGAAGAAAACGUGAAGUUCCUGACUACCUGUGUGGCAAAAUCAGCUUCGAGAUCCUCCAGGAGCCUGUGAUAACCCCCAGCGGGAUCACCUAUGACAAAAAAGACUUAGAGGAGCACCUCCAAAGAGUCGGUCAUUUCGAUCCCGUCACUCGAGUGAAACUCACCCAGGAUCAGCUCAUCCCGAACUUCGCCAUGAAGGAGGUGGUCGACGCAUUUCUUGCCGAUAACGAGUGGGCCCUGGAUUACUGAUCGACGGGGAAAAAAAGUUUUGUAUUUUUUAUCUUCCCGGACACUGUUAUUGAAGCACUGUUGUAUUUAGCUUUGUUUGGCUGUAUGUUCUGUUUAUUUUAUUUAAGGAGUAAGUUUAAGGUUAUUACAGUUGUUCAAAUAUCAUGAGUUAUGAUAAUUUGUGCAAUUUAGAUUGUAAAUAAAUCAAUAAACACGA